GUUAUCAGCUGUCGGUUCUGGGGUGUUUUCCAUGUGGAGAAAGGAGAGAGAUACAAUCAGACCGCUGAGGAAGCCAGGAAAACCUGUGGUGAGCUGGAUGCCCUCAUCGCUACCAAGGAGCAGGUGAAGCAUGCUCUGGAUUCUGGAUUUGAGAUCUGCAGGUAUGGUUGGAUAGACAAUAACACAGUAGUCAUUCCUCGUAUAACGCCGAAUAAAAUCUGCGCUAAUAACUUCGUAGGACUCUAUGUACUUCACCCCAAUCUUACUGCUCCAUACGAUGUCUUCUGCUACAAUGCCUCAGACCAAACUGAAAAGAACUGUGAACAAUAUGACUACAGGAACAAAAGUAUCCCGUCACAUGAUCCCACCGAGGAAGGAGUCUACACUGAUUCCGAGUUCAGUAAAGUGAGUCCAACUCACCCUGGACUUGACGUAGGUCCCACCUACAAUGAUCAAUGGACUGCUUCAGAGGAUGUUACGACUGACCCUGAGAUGUCUACUGAGCAGUCUGAGCACUCAGGAGAUCACAGUGUACCAACAGAGGAUGGAGACAGUAAAAAUAAUGACUUUUUUAAUGAAAAUGGGGAAUACGGUGGCGUUACCGAUGGAGAGGAUCUGAUCGCAGUUGACUCACCUGGUGAAAAACACGAGAAUCGAGAAGAAGGCAGUGCCCCGGGAACAGACCCAUCUAGUCACUGGAACCCAGGAUCAAAUAAUGAGUUCCCAGACACACAUGAUUACCACCAGUCAACUGAUGACAGUGACAGUGUGGAUCCUUCCGCCGAGGAUUUUUCUGCCAAGGACACUUCAGGAUCCACUCAGAGCAAACAGAAGAGGAGGGCAGCUAUUCCAGGUAAGAUG